CGCGGGCGCUGGAGUCCAGGCCAUGGAGCCCACCGGAGAGCAACAGGGCCAGGAGGGUGGAGGCAAGCCCCCGGCGGCCAGGCUGGAGGAGGAGGAGGAACUGCAGCGGAGCUCAACACCUCCAACACCUCCAGUGGGGCAGAAAGCCCCGGGUGAGGACGAGCCCCUCUCCUGCAUGAUCUCCAGAGAGAAGAAGCCAUCAGAGGCCUCUGGAGAAAUGGCUGGCCCUGAUGUGGGGAGAGCCUCCCAGGCCGCCCGCUCAGGGGUGGCCCACAAAGACAGAGCCCUGGCCCCACCUAGAGCUCGGCCUCAGGGGGAAAGGUGUCCCCUUCCUGUGAGAAAGGGGAAGCUGGGGAAGAGGCCCUACUCUCCAGCCCCUGGCAAGCAGAAAAAGCCUAAUGCUGCAGGUCUGGCCUCCACGGCAUCUCCCAGCAUCCCUGAUGCAGCUCGUGACACGUACAACCCAGUGCCUUGUGGGUCAGGCUGGGGGUCCUGCCACCUGGCUGACCUCCUUAGCUCAUUGACCCAGAACAACCAAAACACAGAUCAGAAGACGAGGUCCCCAGAGGCCAUCUGCCAAGGUCGGAAAAAGACUCGAACCCUGUACCGCUCUGACCAGCUGGAGGAGCUAGAAAAGUUCUUCCAAGAAGACCACUAUCCGGACAGCGAAAAGCGCCGGGAGAUCGCCCAGACAGUGAAUGUCGCCCCCCAACGCAUCAUGGUGUGGUUCCAGAAUCGCCGGGCAAAGUGGCGAAAAGUGGAGAAAAUGAAUGGGAAGGAGAACAAGGACACUCCUGCAGGCGCUGAGCCUUCCCCCACCAGCAACCAGGGCAGCAUCAUGCCACCACCCGCCUGCUCUUACUCAGAAGACCUGGAACCCCAGGAUUAUCAACCCAGCAACCAGCCAGGGCCAUUCCCCUUCCCCCAUGCUCCACAGACCCAGCUUUUCCAACCUCCCCAGCCCCAGUUUCCAUACCUGCAACCUUUCCCCUUCCACAUGCCCAGCUCAUUGAUGCCUCUGCUACCGGAGGACCCUCUCUUUGCAUUGUCCUUUGGCAGCAAUGCGAACACAGCCCGGAGCUAUUUCCCAGGCCCUCCGCAGGGGCAGUUCCUGCUGCAGCCACCUGCUGGCAACAUGGGUACAGUCCCCUGGAAUGACCCCUGCUUGCCAGACCUGCCCUUCCCUGGUCCUUUCUGUCCACAAGCUCUGGGGUCCCCCCCAGGAAUUGAAGACUACUUCCCAGAUCUGUUUGCUGCCCCGUAUGCUCAGGCUUUGGGCAGGCAGCCUUCGCCAGGCCUCGCCCGGCUGCCUGAAGGGGCCAGGCCUGGAGCAGGGCCUCUACUCAGUAAGGCCCAAGAGGAGCCACCAACCUCCUCUGCGGAGCUGCCCUCAGCACCUGAGGAGGGCCGAGAGGAAGACCAGAGCAGCCACGGCCCCUAGUCCUGGGGCAGAGUAGAGAAGAGGCUGCCCUGCCAGAGAGGAAUGGCAGUUGAAUGCUAGAAAAGACUGGACUCUAUUAAUGGGGGCAGAAGUCAGGGUUCCCCCCCGCCCUUGGUGGGCUCAUCUUGCUGAACAUUGAUUUGAGAAGGAAGAAGGCUGACCCUCCCUUCUCCCCUAAACCUCUGCACGGUAUUAGCUCUGAAUGUUGUAUCAGUUUAUGUUAUUUUCCUCGCUACGCAAAUGAGCCAGAGUGUCCAUUGUAAGCAGUAAACUAAACUAGUCUAC